GGCGGCUGGCGGCGGCAGCUGUGAAGGGGGUUCCCGGAAGAUGGUGCUGAUUAAGGAAUUCCGUGUGGUUUUGCCGUGUUCUGUUCAGGAGUAUCAGGUUGGGCAGCUUUACUCUGUCGCAGAAGCGAGUAAGAACGAGACUGGCGGUGGAGAAGGGAUCGAAGUCCUGAAGAAUGAACCAUAUGAAAAGGACGGAGAGAAGGGACAGUACACACACAAGAUUUACCACCUGAAGAGCAAAGUCCCUGCGUUUGUGAGGAUGAUUGCUCCCGAGGGCUCCCUGGUGUUCCACGAGAAAGCCUGGAAUGCCUACCCCUACUGCAGAACAAUUGUAACGAAUGAAUACAUGAAAGAUGAUUUCUUCAUCAAGAUCGAAACGUGGCACAAACCUGACCUGGGAACCUUAGAAAAUGUUCACGGUUUGGAUCCGAACACAUGGAAAACCGUUGAAAUUGUCCACAUAGACAUUGCCGAUCGAAGUCAGGUUGAACCAGCAGACUACAAAGCUGACGAAGACCCUGCGUUAUUCCAGUCAGUCAAGACCAAGAGAGGCCCUCUGGGACCCAACUGGAAGAAGGAGCUGGCGGACAGCCCUGACUGUGCUAAGAUGUGUGCCUACAAGCUGGUGACCAUCAAGUUCAAGUGGUGGGGGCUGCAGAGCAAAGUGGAGAACUUCAUUCAGAAGCAAGAAAAACGGAUAUUUACAAACUUACAUCGCCAGCUCUUUUGUUGGAUCGACAAGUGGAUUGACCUGACGAUGGAAGACAUUAGGAGAAUGGAAGAUGAGACUCAGAAAGAGCUAGAAACACUACGGAGUCAAGGCCAAGUGAGAGGAACAAGUGCAGCCAGUGACGAGUGAAGAUGUGACCAGUGUCUCUCAGUGUUGACGUUUCCAGCGUGUGCCUGUGAUGACUCACGCAUGUACACACACACACAUUCGCACACACAUACAUACAUACAAGUGUGUGCAUCUGUGUGUGUGUGUCUGUAGCUGUAUUAAAGCACAUAUGGCUACAGGCCUAGAUACACACAUGAGUGUAUAUAUGUACAUGCAAACAUAGAUGGGAUCAGUACAAUUUCUCCAAAGUACUGCACCUAUCCUCAGCAAAAAUACUAAAGAAAAUAUUUUCAAUAUAUAUACCUGGAACAGAUUUUAAGAAUCAUCAACAUGAUGCCCUUGAUGGACAAAUGGACUGCCACGUGUGC